AUGAGUGGGAUUCUUCCAACUCCAAUGGAUGUUGAAGAUCCACAGACACCAGACUUUCCAGAUGUGACACAGGACUUUCCAAAUGUGAAACCGGACUUUUCAGAUGUGACACAGCACUUUGAUCCUACAACCAAACUGUGAAUAUGCCCCUCGCAUUCCUGAAACCAGAGUUUCGCCUUCCAAACUUCAAAAUUUUGUAGCAACUUUUCCAUUCGAAAUGCAUUGCCGAUUUUUUUAGAGUAGAUGAGUAGAGGGUUCGACAAUGACAUACUUUCUCUUCAGAAUUUUCGAAACGUAUUUUCCAUUGAUUAAAAAAAUUUUAACUUGUUCAAGGGGGGGGGGAUCCAAAAAUUUUGAAAAAAACAUGAUUCGAAUCCUCAUAAUUUUCUUCAUCUCUCACUUUUUUUUUCAGAUUUCUUUGCUUGGCCCCGAACAAAGUCGACUUUUCGUGCGCAAAGUUUGCGGGUACUGUAUCAGCGCGCAGAGUCGAUGUAAGUUGUUUUCUUAUCUUUUUGUGCUUGAUCGAUUUCCAAGAUGUGCGUGUCACAUUUCCAGAAAAGUGUCAGUUUGCCCAACUGUAGGGAUGCAACACACAUGCAGCAUGCGCAUAAGAACAGGCGAGUUUAG